AUGCCUGUAGUGUCAGAGCCGGUUCCAAUGCUAUUUCCACAUGCGUCAGAUAUACUCGGCGCGCCGAUGCGAACUUCGGCCUCCUCGCAUCGUAAGGGUCACUACUUGUGUGGUUUUACCGCUCACGAAAGCUACAUGCGGCAGAUCACUAUUGCCCUGUACAAACUGCGUAUCGCAUGGAAAGAAAUACAACUAUUGGCCUACCACCGGUCAACGGCAAAUAUGGUUGCCCGAUUCUGUUGUUACAACUCAUAUACAUCGGAAUCAGCACAGCCGGCUGCCGCGGAGCAGGGAGGUUUGUUGGCUGAGCUACGGGCAUUCCCAAACCCUGCACGAUACUUGAACAAAUGCGACGUCCAGAGCGCCAAACAACAGCAGGACAGAAAAUGCAGUACCUUCUCCCUGUUAGUUUCACUACGCAACUGCAGUUCGACUCCAGUGGAACUUGAGUCAGCGUGCUUCUGGUGUGAGGCCCAUCCCGAGCGAGUGUCCAUGGUCCAGGGCUCUCAUUUGCGUUACAUCCAGUUUACCUUUUAG